GCGCCGUCGAGGGCGCUCGAUCGGGAGUCCGCCCUAGGCGGGCAGCGGGUGUCUGCAGGGCGCGCCUCCCUCCGGGCCCAGGGCGGCACCAGGAGGGAUGGCGCUGGUACAGCUGUUCGCGGGGGCCGGGCUUCGAGGCGGAGCCGGGCGGAGGACGCAGGAGCCCGGCUGCGGUGCCCCGCCACGGCCACCUCGGCGGGAGGGCAGCGUCGCGCCGGCCGCCCGCCCGUCCUCCCGCCCCGUCGCCCGGGAGUGGGAGCCGGGCUGCCCUCGGAAGGUGCUGCCCGGCUGGGAUGGCCGGCUUGAAGGGGCACUGCGCGCUUGGCACGGGGAGGAGCCAGGCUUUCCUAUGGGCACUGGUGGGUGGCACUGCAUGAGUUAGAAGAGAAGAUCCACGUGCUGGCGCAGGCUCUGGUUGGCACCAGCGGUGGGCAGCUGCAUGUGUGGGCUGGUGCCAAGGCAUCCCAAGGCAGCCUUGCCGUGGUGGUGAUGAUGCCCUCCUUGCUGGACAUCGCGGACUGACGGCAGAGAGUGGAGAGCUUGGGGGGAGAGAGGGCCAGGCAGCCCUGCGGGCAGCUGGCUUGCCAUGGCCUGGCGCCGCCUUGCCAUCUUGCUUGGGCUUUGCUUGGCCAGCUGCCUUUGGCGUCCCGCUCGGGGCUGCGGCCCAGGCAGGGGGCCAGUGGGGCGCAAGCAGUCUAGCCGCAAGAACCUGACCCCGCUGCAGUACAAGCAGUUUGUCCCCAACGUGGCAGAGCAGACCCUGGGCGCCAGCGGGAAGGCAGAGGGCAAAAUCGGACGCCGCUCGGAGCGCUUCAAGGACCUGGUGCCCAAUUACAACCCGGACAUCAUCUUCAAGGACGAAGAGAACACAGGGGCAGACCGGCUGAUGACUGAGGUGGGUGCUGCUGGUUGGUUGGGCAAAGGUGGAGCCCAGAUCUCUGAGGGCCUUUGACACAUCCAGGGCUUAAUUUGACACAGGUCUCGGCCUCAUAUAUUUGAAGCAAUAGCAAAAUAAAAGCAUAGUGUCUGUAAGUAUAUGCUGACCACCUUUCCACUCUCUACUAACUAGAAUAAGACUUAACACAUCACUGCGAUAUCCACAUUAGAGGAUAUGACCUCAUCAGGUUUCAUUAUCUCUUUCUAUGAGUAUUAAUCACUGGUCUCUCCCAUAAUUCCCAUGUAGGAAUUGAAGCUGGGCUGAAGCUCAAAUAAUCAAACACCAGUAGCUACCUGUAGACUAGUCUGUAGACUAGAUAAACUAGUUCUGCUGUUCUCUGUUUCAUCCAGAGAGAGAGAGAUUUUCCUGCUGGGCAGAGGCAGGUCUGAGUUGUAACCUGCUGUUUUCAGACUACGCUACUUGGUUCAGAGGGGAUCCUCAACAAACUUAAUUCUUUUGUGCCACCGCCAGGAACUCGGGCUUUGGGACCUUGAAAGGAGAGUGACAGAGCCUAUAGGAGCAGGUGGCAUUUGCUAACUCACGUGUCUGGGAUCAAUUGCUAGCAAUGAACUUUCACUAGGGAGUUAGUUAUUCUUCUUGGGCAAUCGGAUCUCUGGGAGAGUCACCUGCCUCUACUUCCUCAGGCAGGUUUAUAGCACUUGGCUAAUCUGAAAUCUCGCAUAUCCACUAGUGAAGGAAGGAGAGGAGGACCUAAUCCUAUCUGUCUCCUCAGCUGUGAAUGGUCUCCCCUUCAUCCUUUUCGCCCUUUGACAGUAUCUGAAAAGAACCUUUGAGGCAUUCAGAUAUCAAGCAGGAGAUACAUUAUCACCCUCUGGACUUAGUGCACACCCAUAAAACCUACAGCGGCCAGAAUGAACACUUGGUUUUUUAGAUGGUUCCCCCCCCCCCCAUUUUCUACCCUGCAGUAAACAACAUUCACAUGUGUUGCAGUGUAUGAGAGAGACUCAGGAGAUAAGUCUCAGUGUUGUGUCCGAAAGCGCUCCGAGGGCUUUUCUUCACACAAGAGAGAUAUUCUCUUAAAUGCAGAUAACUUUUGUGAACACCGUAUUCCAUGACCGCUGAAAUGCGUGGUCUUUAAUCUGCAGUACCAUCUUAUCUCUAGACGUUUGCUACACUUUGCAAGGAAUGACGGAAUAGCCCAAGGUGUUGUUGUUUUUGGUAUUAAUUAUUACUAAUAGCCGUAGCAACUUUUUCAUUUCUUAACACACACAGGCUAUCCUUUUCUCAGGGUACUUUAUAGUUGAAGUUAAGUUUUUAAUUCUGCAUCUUAACUGCCAUCAUUUUAUUAUUUUUUUGUGCUGUAAAAGUCUAUGAUCUUGAGGCACCUUGAAUGAUUUUAAAUUGAAAAGGGGGCAGGGGGUAAAAUGAAUAAAUUAAUUUCAGUGUAGGAAAGAAAAUAUGGACUGCACAUGUUUUCUCCAUGGAGACUGAUGAAUGCAUGAAAGAGUCAUGAUUGAUCAAGCGGUGGGGAAGUUAAACUUGAGUGUGUUUAAAUCAGGGCAUAAUACUGAGUGCCUUCUCUAUCUCCAGGACCUCAUACAGUCCCUGAAACUGGCACAGUGUAGGUACAAAACUGCUUCCAGCUCCUGUUUUAAGUUUCCUGGGAUUCAGAUGAAUCAGUAUUGGGAAGUGUGAGUGAUAAACCACUGAGACAGGCUGAGAAAAGGAGAACCUUUUCCCCUUUCUUUCUUUCUUUCUUUCUUUUUUGCAAACAUCCCAUUUCAGGCAAAACACAACUUUCAGAGAGUUACAUUUUAGUCUGGUCAAUUUCUAACUAGGAAAAAAACAACAACCCUGGAGCCGUCUCUCCAAUUUCCUAAUUGUUUAAUAUGCCCUGACCUUUGCUUUUGUUUUCUCCCUUGGACAUUUCCAACUCCCUCCUCAUUGUUUUCCUCUUUGGUUUCCUGAUGUCCUUGCAAUAAAAUAAUCCAAACUCAUCUCCGCGUGUUAACCCGCAAAAUCCAGAUCAGAUAGGCGACGCAACACACAAAGGACAUAAGCAAACAGGAGCUGUAAAGUACAUAACUUAAAAACUGGAUUGUAUCCAAUGGAUUGUACCCAGAGUUGACCCAUAGAUAGACCCAUGAACCUAGUCAUGUCCCAUCAGUAGCCAAUAGGUAGAUUGGGCACUGGACAAAUGUAUGAAGAACAGGGAGUAUGCGUCACGAGCAAUCUUAGAGAACCUCCAUGUUAAGAGGCAGUUAAGAGGCAUUUAAGAGGCAGUUAAGAGGCAGUUGGGACGCGGGUGGCACUGUGGGUUAAACCACAGAGCCUAGGACUUGCCGAUCAGAAGGUUGGCGGUUUGAAUCCCCGUGACGGGGUGAGCUCCCAUUGCUCGGUCCCUGCUCCUGCCAACCUAGCAGUUCGAAAGCACCUCAAAGUGCAAGUAGAUAAAUAAGUACCGCUCUGGCGGGAAGGUAAACGGCAUUUCCGUGCGCUGCUCUGGUUCGCCAGAAGCGGCUUAGUCAUGCUGGCCACAUGACCCGGAAGCUGUACGCCGGCUCCCUUGGCCAAUAAAGCAAGAUGAGCGCCGCAACCCCAAAGUCGGCCACGACUGGACCUAAUGGUCAGGGGUCCCUUUACCUUUGGAUAUCCACUGCCAGAGAGCCAGAUCAGAAGAGCAUUACAGUGGUACAUUAGUUCUCAAACAUCAUCCGUUCUGGAAGUCCGUUCUAAAACCAAAGCGAUCCAAAUCCAAAACCAAGGCACGCUUUCCCAUAGAAAGUAAUGCAAAACAGGUUAAUCCGUUUCAGACUUUUAAAAACAACCCCUAAAACAGCAAUUUAACAUGAAUUUUAAUAUCUAACGAGACCGUUGUUUCAUAAAAUGAAAGCAAUAAUCAAUGUACUAUACUAUAAAAUAAGUAAGACAGUAUUGUAGAUGAUGAAAAUUAAAAUUAAUAUUUUUUCUUACCUGCACUGAUGAUAGUCAUUGUAUAGAUGGGGGGCUUUUAUCCAUUUCUGCAGUCACACAAUCAGUCCGUAGCUGAACUGGGGUCCACACAGUCACAAAAAGAAAUUAACUGAAAAAGCCUCCAAAACAAAAAUGCAAAAUAAACAGCAAAAACAAAAGCACCAAAUACAAUGGUACCUUUUUGGUGUUUGGGAACCAAAGCGUUUGAGAACCAAGGUACCACUGUACUGUCUUUGUGCCUACCUUGUGUAAUUUUCUUUGGCUAUUUUGAAAAGCAAGGCUUAAGGCAUUUUAGUCUGAUCCACCAGGACUCUUUGUAUAUCCUUAGGGGGAAAUACUUGUUAAGAGAAGCCACACUGGUAAUAUGGUUCUAGUUAGUCUUCGGGCGUUAAUGACAAUGAAACCUAUUGCUCCUGUCUACUCAGCUGUGCUCUGGAAAGUUCAGUAGUGUACACAAUAAUAUUCUCUUUCACUCUGAUCCUAGAGGACGUCUUAAAUUGGAAAAAUAGAGGUCUGUCUCUUUGCAUUUGUGUGAGGUCUCACCAACAUCUGAAGUUUCCUUUGGGUCACAGUGAAAACCUUUCUCGUUCCCAGUUCUAACAUAUAAUCCUGCAAAUGUGAACAAGGAAGACCUCCUGAAGUUUUGCACCUUGUCUGAUUUAGGCAGGACAGACCUGCAGAACCUGCUGCCUUUGAAGCCAAAUGCAACACGCCAAUUGGUGCCACAGUUUUUUGCCGCCUGCCUCGGACUCCAAAGUCUCUGAGUGAUGUUUGUGCGUUGAGCAUUUGACAGUCCACAGUAUGCAGCUGGUGAGCUGCAUUUGACUCGGUCCAAAUAUGUGCAGAUCUGUUGUUGUUUAGUCGUUUAGUCGUGUCCGACUCUUCAUGACCCCCUGGACCAGAGCACGCCAGGCACUCCUGUCUUCCACUGCCUCCCGCAGUUUGGUCCAACUCAUGCUGGUAGCCUCGAGAACACUGUCCAACCAUCUCGUCCUCUGUCGUCCCCUUCUCCUUGUGCCCUCCAUCUUUCCCAACAUCAGGGUCUUUUCCAGGGAGUCUUCUCUUCUCAUGAGGUGGCCAAAGUAUUGGAGCCUCUGCUUCAGGAUCUGUCCUUCCAGUGAGCACUCAGGGCUGGUUUCCUUCAGAAUGGAGAGGUUUGAUCUUCUUUCAGUCAUGGGACUCUCAAGAGUCUCCUCCAGCACCAUAAUUCAAAAACAUCAAUUCUUCGGCGAUCAGCCUUCUUUAUGGUCCAGCUCUCAGUUCCAUACAUCACUACUGGGAAAACCAUGGCUUUAACUAUACGGACCUUUGUUGGCAAGGUGAUGUCUCUGCUUUUUAAGAUGCUGUCUAGGUUUGUCAUUGCUUUUCUCCCAAGAAGCAGGCAUCUUUUAAUUGGUAUAUAACUUGUUUGACCAAAUAGCUUGGAGAGCUGUGAAUGGAAUUGCUUUUGUUUUCAUGUUUUGCAGAACUAUAUUCCUAGUUAAAUGCCCCCACCUUAAAUUGAGCAUACAAAGAAAUGACAGCUUCAAAUGGAAGAUUGGGGCAGAGGGAUAGAAACGGUGGGGAUUGAAAUAUAUAUAUAUCACGUUUUCAAGUUAGGAUGGGUGUUUUCUACAUCAGUGUAGCCUAAGAAAUAGGGAACUUGGGAACAGGGCAGUUGUGUGCUGCAAAUUCCUGGGCUAAAGGGUGCUACUGUUAAGGCACAAUUGUGCAGUACCAUUUCACCAGCAGACAUAACCUGGCAGAAACAUCAUGUCUGCAUCCUGCAGGUGUAAAAUGCAUACUGUUCCCCGUACUAGUUCCCCGCAAAGGUCCUAUUUAUUGUCUAUCAAUUUUGUCAGGGCAUCGGCGGAGGGAGGGGAGAAUGGGACAGUGACAUUUCGCCUUUUUGUGAAUAGAAAGCUGACUUCAUUCCAGUUUCCUGCUGCUGAGUCACAACAUGCCAUCCAAAAGCAGGGUGGGUGAGGGUUGGCAGCCGGCAUUUAACGUUUAAUAGCUAUGGGGGUGUUGAGAGAACAAAGGGAAGAAUUGCAGGAAGGUUGGCCGCAUCCUCUGGGGCACUGAGGACUGCCCUAAAUGGAGACAGGAAGCUGGACAGCGUGGGCUUCAGCUCCACUGCAAAUAUUCCAGAGGGCGCUUCCAUUUUGGAGGUAUUUUGUUCAUGCUCAGGAGCUGAUGGUCAUAUCUGGGGUUGACUAGGUCAGAUCGGACAGAUAUCCCGGUUUGUUUGGGUCUUCUGAAAAUAUUGCAUUUCUCGUCUCACUGACCCAGGUUGUCAGCAGCUCUCAGCUCUUUGAGAGCUUCUGUCCCAUGGUUGCCUGCUGCAAUCUGGAUGGGGGGGGGUCACUCAGAGGAGGAGGAUCCUGUAGUCCAUUGGCCAUGCUGCCUGGGGCUGACAUAGUUCAGCAACACCUAGAGCAGGGAUAGGCAACCAAAGGCCCGGGGACCGGAUCCAGCCCAAUCGCCUUCUAAAUCCGGCCCGCGGAUGGUCCGAGAAUCCGCAUGUUUUUACAUGAGUAGAAUGUGUGCUUUUCUUUAAAAUGCAUCUCUGGGUUAUUUGUGGGGCAUAGGAAUUCAUUCAUUAUUAUUUUUCAAAAUAUAGUCCGGCCCAUUUUCUCACACCCCCCCCCCCCGCAAAAUAUAGUCCAGCCCACCACAUGGUCUGAGGGAUAGUGGACCGGCCCAUGGCUGAAAAAGGUUGCUGACCCCUGACUUAGAGGGUGUUCGGGCAGCGAGCAGGGCUAGAGGGCAUCAUGGUUCCUUUCUCUUGUGAUGCCAUGAUGGUUUUACAGUUGGGACAUAAAGCAGGGACCACAGAUAAUAUAUAUCAGACAUAUCCAAUGCGUCAAUCGCGAUUGACAGGUAGAUCCUGCAAUGAAUUCUGGUCGAUCACCAGCCACCCUCCACUGGAGGUGUUGGGAGGGGAUGUUUUGACGUUCCACGUGCGCCCACCCCUCCCCUGCUGGCGCGCGCGCGCGCACGGCACACCCUCCCUGCAUCCACCCCCACUGUGUCGGGGAAGCAGCCGGCAUAGGGGGAAAAGGGCACCCUCCCUCCUUGCACCCAUCCAUGUCACCUCAGGGGAAGCAGCCAGCGCCCACCCGCCCUGCACCCAUCCCUGGGUGGUAGAUCACUGCCAGUUUUUAUAUUGGAUCGUGGAUCACAGUCAACUUGAAGUUGGACAUGCCUGAUAUACAGUGGUACCUCGGGUUAAGUACUUAAUUUGUUCCGGAGGUCCGUACUUGGCCUGAAACUGUUCUUAACCUGAAGCACCACUUUAGCUCAUGGGGCCUACUGCUGCUGCUGCUGCACCGCCAGAGCAUGAUUUCUGUUCUCAUCCUGAAGCAAAGUUCUUAACCUGAAGUACUAUUUCUGGGUUAGCGGAGUCUGUAACAUGAAGCGUAUGUAACCUGAAGCAUAUGUAACCCGAGGUACCACUGUAUAUGAAUCUAUAGCAGGGGUGGGAGACUUCAGACCCAGGGGCCAGAUACAGCUCUCCCCUGGCUUUGUUUCUGCUUCAUGGGACUCUCCUCAUACCCUAUCCCCAGCCACGGACCCUCGCCCCAGGCUCCACCCACCCAACUCAGUUUUGCACCCCUUCUUGAGUGUUUAUGUCGGGCUGGAAUGUGUCCCUGAAGUCUGAUAGUGCAUUUUGCUUCCCGGGAUGGAGGACAGCGAAGGGUGUUCGUAUCAUGGAAUCUUAGAAUUGUAGAGACCCCAGGGGUCACCUAAAUCCAACCCCCUCCAACGCAGAAAUCUCAGCUAAAGCAUCCGUGGCCGUCCAACCUCUGCUUUAAAAGCUCUAAGGAAGGAGAGCCCACAACGUCCCAAGGGAGACCGUUCCACUGUUGAACAGUUCAUCCUGUAAGAAAGUUCUUCUGAAUCUCCUUUCUUGUGACUUGAAGCCGUUGGAUUGAGUCCUACCCUCCAGAACAGGAGAAAAUGAACUUGCUCCAUCUUGCAUGUGACAGCCCUUGAAACAUUUGAGACAGUCUCCUCUCAGGCUCCCCUAUUCCAGGCUAAGCAUACCCAGCUCCCUCAACUCUUCCUCAUAAGGCUUGGCUUCUAGAGCCUUGUGGAAAAUGCUCUCCUGUACAAAAGGUACUUCUUACAUUCCUUGCUCUGUUUUCUCUGACCUCUGCUUCCUCCCCUCAACAUAUGGCCCCUGAGAGGUUACCCAGCGAAGAUUGUGGCCCUCAGGCUGAAAAACACUCCAUGGCUCUGUGUUAUAACCUUACCACCAGUGGUAUGGAGACAUGCUUUCACUUGCUAGAGCAAAGCUCCAGUAAAUGCAUUUUUUUAAAUAAAAAAACCCCUGCUCCAAUAAAUAGGGACAGUGGCAAAUUAAGGAAAUGGUAGCAGAAUCAAUCUGGGGAAGAGGCAAAGCAGAUUUGCAACUCUGAAACCCUCCUUCAUGAUGACUUAAGAAGAGGAUCAAUUUUUAAUAUGUUUGUACUAUCCCUAGCUUCAAUAAUUUGAUCCCAGUGAACAAAUGCAAACAAGACAACUCUACCAAACAUGCAAGUGAGUCUGCAACCUCAUGUUGAUACUUCCAGCCUUGCUCUUGUGAUAUGAAAAUAAUUUCAAGGCUACUUCAAACUGCUACUUACAUGGUUUUUUUUGUUUUGUUUUUUGUAAAAAGAGCUUCUCUUUCCACCUAGACUUGUGCUGGCUCUCAUGCUUUCAAACCUGCUUCUUGAAAGUGAGAGAUAAGAUCUGUGGAACCAUUUAAAAUCCCCUCUCCCAGUCUACCUUUGAUGCUCACUCAAUUAUAUUGUAUUCAGGGGAGUCAGGUCAUCCUAAAGCAAUUAGUGGGGGGGAAAUCUCACCGAAGAAAAGAUUGCCAAGUAAAAGUUACAGGAAGAGAGCUUUCUGAGCUGUCGAUAUUCCAUCUUAGGACCCUGUCCUGAACCUUUAGCUUCUUCUCUGUGUUUGCUGAUCUCCAAUUCUGUGAACCACCCUGAGACCCCUGGGUAUAGGGCGGUAUAUAAAUUCAUUCAAUCAAUCAAUUUAAAAAUUGCUUUUAUUUUCAAGAAUGUAGAACAUUACACCCAUUUCCUGCUGAAAUGUUUGCUGAAGUUGUCUCUACACUCUUCUGGGUAAUGAGUGCAAAAAGCACAGAGAUGUCUUAAUAAGCAGUCCACAAUUGUGUUUUUAAUUACAGUGGUAUCUCGGGUUAAGAACCUCAUGUGCCCAGAGGUAUGCUGGUGUGGGGCACCUCACGUCACUGUGGGAAAUGGAAGUCCACCAGCGGGCACUUGGCUGAGGAGCUACUCAAACCUGAAGCUGGCCCAAAUGCGUCUCUCAUGCAUAAUGGGGAAACCUAUGGAUGCCCUGCCUGCCCCUGUACCUCUGCCACUGCCUCAAGUGGCAAAAUGGGACUUGCUAGCCCAGGAAUUGAGGGGAAGACUGGCAGCCUGAUGGACACACAAAGAUGUUGAAAGAGAUUGAGGAAGAUGUGUGUUUGCCUAGGUAGGAGAGCUGGCACUGGGAGGGAUAAAUAAUAAUAAUAAUAAUACAGUGGUACCUCGGGUUAAGAACAUAAUUCGUUCUGGAGGUCCGUUCUUAACCCGAAACUGUUCUUAACCUGAAGCACCACUUUAGCUAAUGGGGCCUCCUGCUGCUGCUGCGCCGCCAGAGCACGAUUUCUGUUCUCAUCCUGAAGCAAAGUUCUUAACCCGAGGUACUAUUUCUGGGUUAAGGGAGUCUGUAACCUGAAGCGUCUGUAACCCGAGGUACCACUGUAUAUUAUGAUCCUUAAUUAUUACAUUCGGGUUUAUUGAACUAAGUCAGGGGCAGACCCACUGAAAUGGGUGAGUUAUGCCCAUUAAUUUUAAUGGUUCUAUUCUUAGUAGGCCGAAAGCCCCUUCUGCUCUGUACAUUGAAAGCAGUCUCAUACCACCUCAAACAGUCAACGUUCCUCCCGCAAAAAAUCUGGGAACUGUAGAUUGUUAAAGGUGCGGAGAGUUGUUAGGAAACUCCUAUUCAUUUCACAGAGUAGUUUAACAAUCAAUCCCUUUUCCUAGGGGACUCUGAGAAGUGUAGGUUUGUUCAGGCAAUAGUGUUCUCAGCACUCUUAACAAACUUACAGCGCCCAGGACUCUUUGAUGGAAGUCAAUACUAUUUAAAGCGGCAUGUUGGUGCUUUAAAUUUAGGUAAAAGGUAAAGGACCCCUGGAUGGUUAAGUCCAGUCAAAGGUGACUAUGGAGUGGCGGUGCUCAUUUUGCUUUCAGGCCAAGGGAGCCGGCGUUUGUCCACAGACAACUUUCUGGGUCAUGUGGCCAGCAUGGCUAAACCGCUUCUGGCGCAAUGGGACACUGUGACAGAAAGCAAAGCGCACGGAAAUGCCGUUUACCUUCCCACUGGAGCAGUACCUAUUUAUCUACUUGCACUGGCCUGCUUUCGAACUGCAAGGUUGGCAGGAGCUGGGGCAGAGCAACAGGAGCUCACCCCAUCGCGAGGAUUCGAACCAUGGUCCUUCUGAUCGGCAAGCCCAAGAGGCUCAGCGGUUUAGACCACAGCGCCAGAGGGUGAAGCCUUAGUUGGAUUCAGCUCAUGAUGCACAUGGAUUUAGUUUUUUGUAGUUCCCUCAGGCUUCCCACCACCAAGUGUCUGGCUUCCCAGAGCUGCGUGAAUGGCUUGCAUAAGGGAAUCAUAGAAUUGUAAAGUUGGAAGGAAUCCCAAGGGUCAUUCAGUCCAACCCCCUGCAAUGCAGGAAUCUUUCACCCAACAUGAGACUCGAACCCAUGACCCAGAGUUUUAAGAGUCUCAGGCUCUUCCAAGUGAGCUGUUGUACAUCCAGAUCUCCAUUGGCUCCCAGUACGUUUCCGAGCACAAUUCAAAGUGUUGGUGCUGACCUUUAAAGCCCUAAAUGGCCUCGGUCCAGUAUACCUGAAGGAGCGUCUCCACCCCAUCAUUCUACCCAGACACUGAGGUCCAGCGCCGAGGGCCUUCCGGCGGUUCCCUCAUUGCAAGAAGCCAAGUUACAGGGAACCAGGCAACGGGCCUUUUCGGUAAUGGCACCCGCCCUUUGGAACGUCCUCCCACCAGAUGUCAAAGAGAACAACAACUAGCAGACUUUUAGACGACAUCUGAAGGCAGCCCUGUUUAGGGAAGCUUUUAACGUUUGAUGCAUUAUUGUAUUUUGAUAUUGUGUUGGAAGCCACCCAGAUGGGCAGUGUAUAAAUAAUAAAUUAUUAUUAGUAGUAUUAUUAUUUAUCCCUUGUUACGUGGAUUCUGUUUGGGUUGAGAUCCUGAAAACAGAUUUAAAAGCCGGCUAAUAGAUUUUGGGGCUGAACCUUCUGUGAUUUGCAUUUGUCUGUAAAAUGUACAAGAGGGCAGGUGUCUCCGAUAGCCUCCAGCGAUCAAGCCAGCUUGGAUAAUUUUUGGCUGGGGAACGAGUCUGUUCCGCGAUGAGGCCCAUGAAUGUGAGUGGGCAGGGAGACGAUUUUUUUUUUAAUCAAAUGGCCUUCCAGCAAGCUUCGUAGUUCCUUGCAGCUCACAAUCAGCAGAGACAAACCAGCCGCUUGGUCUGGAUGCCUUCUGCUCCGUUCGCUGGGUGCCGAAGGAACCCCAGUAGGAGUAGCAGGGGGAGGAUUGGUCAACCCGGCAAGGUCCCAUCUAUGACACGUCCUACGGUGCCCUUUCCCCCCCGCUGCACUGACACCAGCGCAGGGAGCGUGGAGCAGCUGAAAGAGUCCUUUGUGGCAAAGUUGAUGAUUUUGCUGUUAUUACCCGAGGAGCUUGAAUUCUCGCUGCGUUGAGUAAUUCUGGGCCUGGAAAACAGCUAUUGUCCUCCGGCCCAGGAGCCGAUGGAAAGUGUCGCACAUUCCUCUUUGGGCUUUGAGCGUGCUCCUUUCACUAUAGAUAAGGCUUAUAUUUCCCUUUCAUUAAACGCCAUCUCUCUCUUUUCUGCACCACCCUACUAGAACGGUGCUCACAUCUCCAUCGCCUGGCUCUUUCUAAGAAGAGAUUGUGCCGUUUGGCCAGACGUUUACCUUGUCUGUGUGUGGAAGAAAUCGGUUUGCCAGCCAUGGGGGUGGGGGGCAGAGAGUUUAUGGGACAGAGGCAGUGAGCUAGCUGCAUACAAUCUACCCAUCGGUUGCCUUGAAGAGGAGUUAAAAUUUCUGGAUGGCACAGCUUUUAUCAUCUUCCCAUAGAGCUUUAUCUGGCUUUCAAACCUUUGUUUCAAAUUGUUGUAAUUUUGCAUCAUGAGAAAAUCAGGGAGUUGCAUUUUUAAUACCUUCCUUCCUUCCUUCCUUCCUUCCUUCCUUCCUUCCUUCCUUCCUUCUUUCUUCAUCUGUGCCUAACAACAACAACAACAACAAUUUUAUUAUUUGCACCCUGCCCAUCUGACUGGGUUCCCCAGCCACUCUGGGCGACUUCUUAUAUAAAAACAUAAUAAAACAUUACACUUUAAAAAGCUUCCCAUUGCACGUUAAAAAGCUUCUAGCCUGUUAUAGGGCUAUUCCUGCUGUAACUGCAUCUUAAUGCUGAUCACAGGAUCUCUAUAUGAACAAGUUAUUUUAUAUGUCGCCAAACUGCACCGCAAAAAUUAUCCUCAUAUAAGCAGAUUUGGCUAUUUUUUUAAGUCACAGGAAUUGUGUGUGCAUACGCAUGUGUGUAACUGCAUCGCAUGCAACAGAUGAAACCGUUAAUUCAUUUAAUUGUAUGCUGCUUUUCUGUGCGCACAAAAAAUCAGGUUCAAAGUGGCUUGCAACAAAGAAACAGGGACGUUUUUCAAGGAAAUGCUAUGAAAGCAAUCUUGUAAUCAUAGCAAAACAGUUGUGAAUAUAAUAACAUACCAAAACACUAUAUUCCGAUACCAUAAAUAUAACAAGAUUAUUUAAACAACAUAAUGCAAUACGAAAAAUAACUACUGUAUGUACUUGGCAAUGGGAGGAGAGGGGAGAGACCUGGCAGAACAGUCACUUUAAAAAUCUGAAUUCUGUGUCCUACAUUUUCAAAAGUGGCAAGGCCAACCAUAAAUUAUGCAGAUUUGCAUCUGGUUGCACAUUUAGCUCCAUUCCAGUUUUGCAGAUCACGGGUUAGUGGUACUUCAGCAUCGCCCUCCUGGAAACUGCGAUCUUUUUAUUUUAUUUUUACAGUUCACCUUCUGCCUUUGUUUUGAUGAUUCACUGAUUUUAGAGUUCUUGUUGUUGUUGUUCGUGUUGUCUUUUAAAUGCAAUUAAUAGUUGGGGCUCUUGCAGCUCUACAAAUUCUACGAUCCUGUGACCUCCGCUUCCACUCUCCUGCUGUGCUGCCAACACAAAAUCCAUAAAAUGGAAGGCUCAAUCCAUUUCCAUUCAAAGGAAAAAUGGACAAGUGCUUUUCCAGUUCCACUUCCAUCACCCUGACCCUCCCCUCCCUCCCAAACUGGGAAUAUUGGCACUGGUUGUUCCUGUUUCAUCAAGGCUACACCCUGUCCGUGAUACGAUGAUAGCACUCUAUUUGCACUGGUAGCACAAAUGAAAGCGAUAAAAACGUUCUUGUUUUUGUUCCAAUCCCUUGGAAAACUAACUGUUAUGGCUUCACCUUAGGAACUGAGAUAGGCGCUCACGCAUUGUCCUUGUGUGACACAACUUAUCUCCACGCAUUUCCAUUUUUUCUAGUCCCAGCAGGGGGCACUGUAAUAACUGGACCAAGGAUGUGGUUGGAACUACAGGGGAUGCCUGUGGUUCUUUCAUCGCAGGAGAUAACUAUGCAAAGUGAUGACGAGAAAAUGGAUGCAAUCAUCCAGAUAUCUUUUCUCUCCCAGUUCCCAGAAGCUGCCUCUUCUUCUUCUUCUUCUUCUUCUUCUUCUUUGGCGAUCACUCGUAGCCGAGUAAGAUUGUCUUCCAUAAACACAGUUUUAGCAGUGAGUCCAUAAGUGACUGUGGAGGCCAGUUCUGGAUCCACACAUCCUUCCACACUGGGGACAUAGGUUUCCAGGCGGGAGUUGAUCACGGUGUGGAUUUGCCAAGCGUGCCUUCCUCUUAGCAUGUUUCUCCCUUUCGUCUCGAGUUUGAGCGUCUUCAGUGCUCAUGGCACCUUUGGUAAAGGCUGUUCUCCAGUUGGAGCGCUCACAGACAAGUGUUUCCAAGUUGUCAGUGUUUAUCCUACAUUAUUUAGAUUUGCCUUGAGAGUGUCUUUAAACCUCUUUUGUUGACCACCAGCAUUACGCUUUUCAUUUUCAAGUUUGGAAUAGAGUAGUUGCUUUGGAAGACGAUCAUCAGGCAUCCGCACAACAUGACCAGUCCAACAAAGUUGAUGUUGAAGAAUCAUUGCUUCAACACUGGUGAUCUCUGCUUCUUCCAGUACCCUGGCAUUAGUUUGCCUGUCUUCCCAAGCGAUGUGUAAAAAAAUUUGGCGACACCAUUGAUGGAAUCUUUCGAGGAGUUGGAGAUGGCGUAUAUCAUCACCACGCUAGUCUCUUGCGGCAAAAGCAAUAGUCUUUCGGCACCUUUAUUAAAGGCAUUUUAAAAAAACCAUGUUUAUGGUAUGAACUUCAUGCAUCCAACGAAGAUGAUUCUACUCCAUGAAAGCCAUGUUAGUUUUUAAGAUGCCACAAGCGUCUUAGGGAUUUCAUUUGAAACAGGCUGUUAAAAAGCAAGGUCCUGGUUCAAUUUAGGCCUACAGGGGGAGCUGCUGGAAGUAGUGGCCGGAGGAACAAAGAAAAGCAAGCAGGAUUUUGCUCAGGUCCCAAAAUUUCUAUAUCUGCCCACUCUUCACCCUGCACAGACUAAAGCAGGUUAAUUAAAAACUAGAGAGCAAAUCAGAAUGUGUUUUUCUCAGGGCAGCUAGUAACAAACAACUGCUUUUUUCCACAUGGCUGCUCCAGGAAGGAGGUAGGCUAAUCUCAAAGAGUUAAUGGUUAAUUCUCAGUGGCCAGGCCCACUGGCUCCCUCACCCCCUGCUUUAAAAAGCUUGCUUUCCUAGGUUGUUUUUAUAAACUGACCUCGCAGCAAUCGGAGGGUGGAGGGGAAAGUGUAUUAAAGCUGCUUAGAAAAUAUUUCCGAGAAAAUAAACAAAUGCUUUCAGAGCAGAAUUGUGUUUGUUCUAAAGCAAAACCUUAUUGGGCUCCUGAAAACUUUCUGCAAUUGCAUUUUUGAUUGCAAGGUGCUUCUCUGAUUAUUUUGCUCUCCUUCUUGUCAGAUACGGCAUUUGAUAAUUAGAUUUAGCAGAGAAAAGGCUUGAAAGGUGAGAAGGCAGCUAUUCCGGAACUGGUACCUUCUUGCUUUCCUUAGUUAUUUUCAUUUCCAACUGCAAAAGCUUGUUGCAGCUAACAGCUUCUUCCAGGUAUCAUGUGCUCCCCCUUCAGAGGGUGGAUCUACACACAAGGAAAAACAACAAUGCUAUAAAUAAGUCAUAAAUUAAAUGUUAUAACCAAAGAAAAAAACUCUAUUUAAAAUCUCAUAGGAAAGUUUUUUUGCUCUACAACGCCACCUGGUGUUGCAUAUUUAUAACACAUUUAAAAUGCUGUUUUUUGACUGAUGUCCAGAGUCUCUCCCUUAGAGCACUUUCCCCGCCCAUGUGCAAAGCACGAAUGUUCAGUGUUCCCUCCACCUCUGCUUCCUGCAGCGUUGCAAGGACCGGGUGAACGCCUUGGCCAUUGCGGUGAUGAACAUGUGGCCGGGAACGAGGCUGCGAGUGACGGAGGGCUGGGACGAAGACGGACACCACCUGCCCAACUCCUUGCACUACGAAGGCCGGGCGCUGGACAUCACGACAUCCGACCGCGACAGGGAGAAAUACGGGAUGCUGGCCCGCUUAGCCGUGGAGGCUGGUUUCGACUGGGUUUACUACGAGUCCAAGGCGCACAUUCACGUGUCUGUGAGAGCAGGUAAACAGGAGGAAGGAGCUCAAGUUGGGGUUCCCAGUUCUGGAAAAAGGGUGGCGGAGGAGAAUCCUAUUAGUGAGAUUUGCACAAGAGGCCAUGAAUGUGAGGGUUGUGGGAUGCAUCUCCCAUUUUGGGAAAGGGCAGGUAUCACAUGCACUGUUUAAGGAACGGGAGCAAGACCAAACUUUAUUAUUUUUUUUUAAAUGAUAUUUAUUAAAGUUUCAAAAGAAGGAUACAUAAAUAAGAAAAAGAAAAAUACAAAAUACAAAAAAAAAACCAUUUAAAAACAAUUCCAUCUUUUCAUCACUUCUCUUUCAUUUACUUGUUUCCCGGACCUCCUCAUACCUCCCUUUUUUGUAUUCCAGUUCAAUUUAUUAGUUCAGCAAUUCCUUUCCCCCUUAUUUAAUCCUGAUCUUUAAUCUUAAUAUAUUAUAACAUUAGGUUUUUACGUAUUGAAAAUCCAAUUUUUCCAUAUUCUUUUAUACCAUUACAGCUAGAAACCACUUGACUUCAAUCCAACAUCAUUCUAACAUUCAUUAAUUUUGCGAGACCAAACUUUAGGACAUUUUUGCUACCUUAGUGUGUGUGUGUUUUUUGUUUUAAAAAUUUAUCGUAUUUUUCGCUCCAUAAGAUGCACCAGACCAUGAGGCGCACCUAGUUUUGGGAGGAGGAAAACAAGAAAAAAUUAUUCUGAAUCCCAGAAGCCAGAACAGCAAGAGGGAUCUGGCUUCUGGGAUACCGUGUGGCUGUUCUGGCUUCUGGGAUAACUGCGCCAAGCCUCUUCAGGGCAGAGGGAUGAAGGCUCCCCCUGCCCGAAGAGGCUGCGCACGGCUAAGGCAGAAGUCAGGACAGGCGCGUCGCUGAAGGGGUGCUGCACAGUUCUCCCUCUCUGAGAGGGAGAACUGUGCAGCGCCCCUUCAGCGAAGCUGGAGAAGGAACAGAAGGAGACCCUCUGUUCGUCCUCCGGCUUUGCUGGACAGGCGCCCCUUCAGCGAAGUGGGAGGAGGAACAGAAGGGGGCUCCGUUCCUCCUCCCGCUUUGCUGAAGGAGUGCUACGCAGCUCUACCUUUCUUCUCAGCACCAUUCGCUCCAUAAGACGCACUCACAUUUCCCUUUACUUUUCAGGAGGAAAAAGGUGCGUCUUAUGAAGCAAAAAAAACGGUAUUUACAGUGGUACCUCUGGUUGUGAAUGGGAUCCGUUCCGGAGGCCCGUUCGCAACAUGAAAAGAGCACAACCCGCAGCGGCGUGUCUGCGCAUGCGCGGGUUGCGAUUUGGUCUUCUGCGCAUGCGCAUAACAUCAUUUUGCGCUUGUGCGCAUGCACGAGCGGCGAAACCCCGAAGCAACCCUUUCUGGUACUUCCGGGUCGCCGCAGGACGUAACCUGAAAAAACAUAUCAUGAAGCAAACAUAACAUGAGGUAUGACUGCAUUUGGUUUUUCAACUUAAAAUAUAUCAAACAUAAAUCAUAAAGACAAGAUUCCAAGGAAUCUCCUGGACUUCCAUCCUCCCUUAUGUGGGUCCUAUUAUUAAUCAAUCCCUCCCGCAUCUUUUAUGAUAAUCCAAACCAUUUACCUCUUCCAUUAUGUCCAGAAUUCAACCUUAAACUACAAGUGAUAUUCCAAUCCUAAUAACGAUUUUAACUCUUUCCAAUGGUCUUUAAAAUAAGUCAAAAAUUUCCCCCAUUCCUUGUAAAAAAAAAAAUGGUCUUCCUGAUUUCUGACUCUUCCGGUCAUUUUAGCCAUUUCAGCAUAGUCCAUUAACUUCAUCUGCCAUUCUUCUCUGGUAGGAACUUUAUCUUCUUUCCAUCUCUGAGCCAGUAACAUCCGUGCGUGGUUAUGUACGUGGUUGCGUACAUAAAUAGUCUUUUCUGCUCCUUUGGGUUUUUGGCACCUAGAACUCCAAAAGGAAGGCUUCAGGCUUUUUAAUUAAGUACUUAACCAGAGGUACCACUGUAGUAAUAGUAAUAAUAAUAAUAAUAAUAAUAAUAAUUAUUAUUAUUAUUAUUAUUAUUUUCCUGCAACGUCAUUCAUGCUGCCCGCUUCACAAGCUUCCAAGGCUGUCCAAUGGUAGGGCUGGCCUUGAGCAGGAGACAGAACUCCUUGCAUUCCAUGUAUGGUCAAUAAAUACCACAGGAGCAUACCUUCCAACAUUUCUCCGAUGAAAACAGGGACAUUCUAUUCAACAACAACCAUAAUUUUAUUAUUUAUUCCCCGCCCAUUUGACUGGGUUGCUCCAGCCACUCUGGGUGGCUCCCAACAUAUAUAAAAUCACAAUAAAACUAUACAGGGCUGCCUUCAGAUGUCUUCUAAAGGCUGUAUAGUUGCUGAUCUCCUUGGCUCGGGGGGUUGCAUAACUCCAUACCCUCCAACGUUCCUCCGAUGAAAAUAGGGACAUCCUAAGGCAGGGGUCUGCAACCUUUAAGACAAAAAGAGCCACUUGGACCCGUUUCCGAAGGAAAAAAAACUGGGAGCCGCAAAACUCGUCAUUAUAAAAAUAACUUUUUUGUCACUUUUUUAUUAUUUCUUUGUUUGAGCCAUCAGAAUUACUCCUCCUCAUAGAAAUAAACCUUAAAUUAACAAGUUACCUUUUGUGUGUGUGUGUUCUUCACUCCCCUUCAAAACAGUGACCAGCGUACAUGCCCCUUCCAAUGUAGCGGGCGGGCGGGAAGGUGACGUCGGGACGGUGUGUGACUAACGCACGCACUGCCCCCAUGCAACGUCACAGCCAGUACAGCGCCCGCCACAGUGGGGAGUGUCGGGGCGCACAAUGCGCCUCCUCCCCUCGCUAGUAUCCGCCCCGGAGCCGCGGCAAAGGUGUAAAAGAGCCACAUGCGGCUCCGGAGCCGCGGGUUGCAGACCCCUGUCCUAAGGGAAAGCGGGAUGGCUUUUGUACAUGUGGAUCUGUCCCUGGAAAAUAGGGACUCUUGAAGGGUCUGAGGGAACCAGGGGGACACUUCCCUUUCCAUUUGGCAGGUAGAGAAGGGGCUGUGAGACAAAAGGCCGGGAACCCAAUGCCACAGCACUUCUAAUAUAAUUUCCACCCCCAUCAUUCAGCCCAGACACUGAGGUUCAGCUCCGAGGGCCUUCUGGUGGUUCCCUCACUGCGAGAAGUGAGGUUACAGGGAAUCAGGCAGAGGGCCUUCUUGGUGGUGGUGCCCACCCUGUGGAACGCCCUCCCAUCAGAUGUCAAAGAAAUAAACAACUAUCUGACUUUUAGAAGACACCUGAAGGCAGGCCUGUUUAGGGAAGUUUUAAAUGUUUGAUGUUUUAUCACAUUAUUAUUAUUAUUAAAUUUUUAUUUAUACCCCUCCCUUCCCAGUUCAAAAACCGGGCUCAGGGCGGCUAACAACAAAUUUAAAACACUUAAUUAUAAAAGCAGCAUAAAAUACAGUAUAAAAACAUGAAUAACAAUAAAAUUCAAAAAGCACUUAGAUAAUCCCCAGGGCUAGAUGGCUGAAUUGGUCCUACUUGGGCCAGCGAGGAGGCCAGGGGAGAAUUAGCUGUGGGGUCUUAGAGCAGGUGAUCUUCAGAAAAGGGGAGGAGGAGGGAAGGGAAGGGAAGGGAAGGGAAGGGAAAGAAAAGAUCAGGCUGAAUUCAAAUUAAAGGCCAGGCGGAAUAGCUAUUAUUAUUAUUAUUAUUAUUAUUAUUAUUAUUAUUAUUAUUAUGUUGGGAGCCACCCAGAGUGGCUGGGGAAACCCAGCCAUAUGGGUGGGGUAUAAAUAAAUUAUUAUUAUUUAUUAUCUCCUUCUGCUCCCUUAGAUAACUCCAUGGCUAUCCGUGCCGGGGGAUGUUUUCCUGGCGACGCAGCGGUGACCUUGUGGACCGGCGAAAAGAGAGGCCUCUCGGAUCUCCGGCGAGGGGACUACGUGCUCAGCGUCGACCAGAGUGGACAGGUGACCCCCAGCGAGGUUUUGCUGUUCCUCGACCGGGACCAGCACCGGCGGACCACCUUUGUGGCUAUCGAGACGGACGGACCCGUCCGCCGGCUCCUCCUCACGCCCUCGCACCUCGUGUUUGCCGCACGGGACCCGGCCAACAACACGGCGGACUUCUCUCCGGUGUUUGCCAGCCGGGUGCGCGUGGGAGACUCUGUGCUGGCGCACCGGGCGGGCGGCCGCCAGCUGCACCCCGCUCGGGUGGUCCGCGUGUGGCGGCAAGAGGGCGUCGGGGUGUACGCCCCUUUGACUUCGCACGGCACCAUUCUGGUGAACGGGGUGCUGGCUUCUUGCUACGCCGUCCUCGAAAGCCACCAUUGGGCCCAUCGGGCCUUCGCCCCACUAAGGUUGGCUCACCGCCUCCUCUCGCUGCUGCCUCUCGCAGGUGAAGCCAGGAACUGCAGCGCCCAGGAAACGGGCAUGCAUUGGUAUUCACAGUUCCUCUACCGGCUGGCAUGGGGCGUGCUGGGCCAGGACACUCUUCACCCAUAGAGAGACUCCAGCCUGCUGGGCAGAUUUAAGCUAAUCAAGCCAUAAGACAAGGAUAAGGAGUUUGUGCUCCAGCUUGGCCCAUGCCUUAUUGGCCAUGAUUCCUUAGAUCAGUGGUUUUCAACCAGUGUGCCGUGGCACCCUGGGGUGCCUUGAACGAUGGUCGGGGUGCUGUGGGCAACACUGAUCUCUGUCCCUCUUUCCUUCCCUCCCUCCUCUGAUGCCCUCUUGCAUCUCUGCCUCCCAAAGGCCUGCACAGCUGUUUGUUGCUGCAGCAUCCCUGGCUACAAGCACCUCAGGCGAGUGGUGUCUCUGGGGCUGGCCAGGGGGUGCUUCCCAGGCCUCUGUGGGGCAGUGUGAGGAGGCAACUCUCUUUGGGGUGGGGAGGGGGGUAGCUCAAAGACCAAGGGCAGUGGCGGCAGCUGCCCAGAGGACGCCCAAGGAGAUGGGAGAGGAGAGGAGGCCGAGGGAACACUCCACAAGGGAGGGUGCUCAAAAAUGAGUGAGAGGCUGCCAGCUCUGCAGGCCUAACUGGGCUCCUGACCUAACUGGGCUCCUGAGCCCCACAGAGGUGCCGCAGGAAGAAUGUAGUCGCUCAAGGGAGCCGUGGACCCCAAAAAGUUGAAAACCUCUGAUGCCUCCUGAAACUACUUGCAGCGAAAGAGAGGGAAAGGGUUUGUCGGCAGCGUAGGAUUUGGAAUGCCCGACUUGAAUGCGCCUGUCGUGGGCUGCAUUCAGAAGGCCCUGGGCUUUUACCCAGACGCGUCUGUGGAACUUGCAAACAUCGAAAGGCGCUCUCCAUCCCUCCUCCUCCUCAAUUUAGCACAAAGCCAGUAAGCCCCACUGUCUGGUUUUUAGUGGGUGGGGUGGAUUUCCCUCGUUCCAGAUGGUUGUCCCGAUCUCUGCUUGACAUUAGCAUAAAACGAGAGGUUGCUCUUCGGCCGCUCCACAAAGAUGAGUGGGGGGGGGGGGAGGCACAAACAAGAGAUCUCAUGCCAAGGAGGUCUGAGAGAAUGACUUGGGUCUGUGCCCUUGCCCUUGCCCCCUCCCUCCCACCUCCAGAGGUGCACUGCAGUAUUCAGAAGACAUGCAAAAAUAACCAAGGGGGUUCCAUUGGCUGCCCCUAAUUCUAGAGGUGCAUCCGCAAUGAUGUAGUCUGAAGAAAGGGCUGGGCAAUUAGCCCGAGGGUCCUAUUUGUGGGUGCUUUGAAACUUGGCGUGCACAGGGUCACUUUAACCUGGCAUCCUUGACUUAACCUAAGUCACAACACUGGAUUCAAUGGGAAGGAAGGUGGAGUGGUUCAAGAUGGAAGACUCCAGUCUCUCGCAGAGAAAGGGCUGUCUUGUUAUUCUGUAGGCUGGGGCAACUGGCUGGUUCUGUGAUGAUGGGGAGCCACGGCACCCUCAUUCCCUGCCUUUCUCUGCCACCUGGACCUCAUGUGAAGCUCACCCCACCCCCUCUCUGUGCAUUUGUGGUGUGGGGGCAAGCUUAACACUUAACUUUUGAAACUUAAAAGUCCAUUCCUUCACACUUACGAAGCCUGUUGUAACCCUUAGCUGCCGCUUCAGAGUUUUUAUUUUUAUAUUUAUAAAGUAGUAAUUUAAGUGUGGUCUGUCGCCACCUCUUGUCUCGUGUUGGGUAUUAAUUUGACGUUUUGCCAGGAAGAGGAUUGCAAGGGCUGGGGUUAUUUUUGUAAGCUGUGUUUUAACGUCUCCUUCCCCACCUCCCUUUUUUUUAAAAUAGUAUUUUUAUGUGUGUUUUACUAAAGAUAAUUCCUUUG